AGCAGAAGUGUUUCAACGUCCGGUCCUGGUCUCUCCUUCACGCGGAAUGGAAGGAUUUCUCUUGUAAUUUUGUAACAGAACAUGGAUCUCUGGCACACCUAGAAACUAUGAGGCACAUAGUGGUUGUGAUGAUUUUCUUAAACGUUAACAAUGGCAUCUCCUCGCCCUCGCAAACGGUGGACAUUGACGAGCCCCACACGUACACCCCACCGAAGCACUACUUCCAGACGUCGUCCUUUGACGAGGCCGAUCUGGACGGGCCGGAGGGCGACGGCAUCGCGCGGAAUCCGCUCGAUCGGGGCCCGUACUUUGACAUUUCGGCCUCCCGGAACGUGACCGCGCUCGUCGGCAACACGGCGUACCUCAACUGCCGGGUGCGGAACCUCGGGAACCGGACGGUAUCGUGGAUCCGCCACCGGGACCUGCACCUGCUGACGGUGGGCAAGGCCACCUAUACGUCCGACCAGAGGUACCAGAGCGUCCACAAUCCGGCGCUGGACGAUUGGUCCCUUAAGGUACUCUACCCACAGCCACGGGACUCUGGCGUGUACGAGUGUCAGAUAUCUACGACGCCCCCGGUGGGAUACUCCAUGACACUAUCCGUAGUCGAGCCCAUCACGACGAUAGUGGGCGGUCCGGAUUUGUACAUCGACACCGGGUCGACGGUGAACCUGACCUGCAUCGUGCGUCAUCUGCCGGAACCGCCGCCGCUCAUCCUGUGGACACACAACAGCGAGGAAAUCAACUACGAUUCGCCACGUGGCGGCGUGUCGGUGAUAACGGAGAAGGGUGACAUCACGACGUCCUAUCUGCUGAUCCAGCGGGCGAAAACCUCCGACUCGGGCAAGUAUACGUGCUCGCCCUCGACGGCCAAUCCGAUCACGGUGAACGUGCACGUGCUCAACGGCGAACAUCCGGCGGCGAUCCAGAGCGGCCACUCGCUGCGGAGUAAUCUCAUCCUGGCCGGGUUCUGCACGGGCCUGCUGCUCCUGCUGUCCAUCUACAGGGUCAGCGGUGGUGGCGACCGGUCCUCGACUGUCAGAUAAAACUGACCAUAAAUCAGCCUCCCCCCGAAAGAGAGCGAAAAAAGGAGCGCUUCGUGAAUGAUUCAACGAGGACUUCAAGUGUAUGUGUGCGUGAAUGAAAGUGUGAGUGUGUGCGAGAUUGUCACUGCACCAGAUAGUAUAUACACUUAGUGAAAGAUAGUUGACCCUAGCGUAUAAAAUAUGAUGACCAUUCGAAGAAGAAGAAGAAGAAAAACACGAGGACAACGAGGAAAUGUUACAAAGUUUGACGGCAAACUUACACACACAUACACGUUGGAAACAAGUGGAAUCCAGCCGGAAAUUUAUAAUUGGAAAAGCUCUCGAGCGUUGCCAGCAGUUGUAACUGCAGUUACAGAGUGUUACUCCGGAAAAACUGGGGUGAAAAUGGUGGCUCUUUCCUUCCUGCAUUUUUUUUUUUUUUGCUGGGUUGGAGCACUUGACUUAACCCGCGUCAAAGUUUCAAAAUGAUGGCAGCUCACUGCGCCAGCAAUGUGAUGAUGGUCAGUUCCGGGGGGUGUUGGAAAAAGUGGUAAAGUUUUUCGAAAGAAACAUGCUGUUGGGCUAAUUAUGGGGGAGUUUUUUUGUUCAGAUUUUAUCUCGGGGAAUGGUUGAACAUUCAGGAAGCUGAAAAAUGGUUCCAAGUUGUCGUUCGUGGAAGGACUUCGGAUCAUUUAUGUUGAAGGUUUGUGGUACAAAAAAUGUAUUUUUAAUUGCAGUCAUGAGGGCGAUAAGAAUCAAUUAUUACUUGCCAAGAUUUAAAGAUUAGACGUGUUUUAAAUCUGAAGAAACAGAAGUUUGUUGAGCGCAAGUUUGACAUUUUCGUAAAAAAACAUAUUUCCGGGGGAAAAAGGCAAAAAGAUUUUUGAUUUUAUAAAACACGUACCGUAAACCGGGCUGACAUUGAUAGAAUUUCAAUUUAUUUUUGAAAUAUUUUCCAACUGAUAAGGUUUGUCUGAAGAUUACUAUUUUAAAACAUGUACUAGGGUAGGCCACACAAGAUUCAUGCACUAUUUCUGAUAAAAAGUUUUUUCAAUAGAGUUUAAAAUAUUAGUUGCAUUGAAAAUUCUUAUUUUGAAUUCCGGGGUGACUUUCAUAGUCAUAGCUAUUCUUGUAAAAAUCAGAUUUAAUGUGUUCAAAUUUUAUGUUUAUGUCAAAUGUUUCAUCACUAAGGUGCCUGAUACAGCUUCUAAGAAAAAAAGUUUAUAAGCUUUUAAACAAAAUACAUAUAAAUUUUAAGUAAAAUUGUAAAAAAUUCAAAAUUUUGCCUAAAAUUCAAUGAAACUAAUUUUGUUUAUAAAAUUAUCGAAUCAUAUUACACUCUAAACUGAAAUCGAAGCAAGAAUCAAAAGUUUUCACAUUUCAUAUGACAUUUGUUUUACUGAAAAUGCCUAUAAAUUUACAGAUUUUUUUAAUUAUGUUUCAAAAACACAUAAUAACAAUUUUUAAAAACUUAUUUGACCUUCUCCUAGUGGAAAUUUGAGUACUUUGUUGUUUUUCGUAAAUUAUUUUCAAAACAAGGUAAAAUGUUUUUUAAUCAAACAAUGAAAUGAUGUGAAAAUUUAACAAAAAGAUAAUUUAAUUAACUUGUUAAAUGACUUGAUAAAUUAAAAACAAUUCUUCUUUAAAAUUUUCAAUUAUUAUUUAAAAAAAAGACAUAUUAGGCCGACCAUGAAAAAAAUCUGUUUGAAAUUUGUUCAAAAUUCAAUUCAAAGAUUAAAAAUCUGAUAGGAACAGAUUUACAAGACAUU